AUGCUUCAUCGCGAAAGUCGUUUAGGGUCGGGCGCACAUUGGUUUUUAAUUCAAGACAAGGGUGAAUAAUGAAAAAAGAGAUAAAUGUCAAAAAUGACCGUUUCUAGACAAAAUCUAGGCCUCAGAUAAGACAAAAAAAUUCUAUGGCCGCAUUUGGAAUGGCUUAAGCGUUCGGUAACGCUGCUUCACGUAGUCAGAAGUUCAUUCUACAAAAAAAAAUUUUUUUAAAAAUUUCGAAGUCUUUCCAUUCGACAUUGAGCCAUUCCAAAAGCGACCAUUUUUCAAAAAUGUAUUCCAGGCCUCUACUUCCAUCUGCCCGACUACGGCCAACUCUGGCUCCCACUUUUCCUGUUCAAACAAGGCGAAGAUGCUUCCUACACCAUUUUCCGGUCAUUCGAAGUCAUUUUCCUGGUCAUUUCCUUCCUUCUAACGGUUGGGAACAAUCAAUUAAAAUUUUUGAUUUGUUAUCUUUUCAGAUAUCUAGUGGAAUCGUUGCCGUAAAGUACAAUUACUGGCAUCGGAAUAUGAUCACGAUUUACGCUUCUUUCCUGUUUCAGUGGUUCGAACUGUUCUUCUCCCAUCUUUUGAUCACUCCUUAUCAGGAGGGAUGGAUUCCCUUGAGUAGUGAGUUUUUUUCAGUUUCUGGUCGCAUUUUGGAAUGGCUUGGCAGCAUCCCCUCACGCUUUUUGAUGCCGAUAUGCGCAAGUAGUUUUAGGUCGGGCGAGAAUGAAAGCGCCCCUUUGAGCCAUUUCAAAUACGAUCAAUGGCUUUUGAAAUGGCUUGGAAGCUUUAAAAAAGUGCUUUUGAUGCCAAUACGCGAAAGUAGUUUUAGGUCGGGCGACGCUUUGAGCCAUUUUAAAUGCGACCAAUUUCGAGUCAGAGAAAUUGAGUAGAUAUAUAGGAUGGAAUCUUUUGAAUACUGAGCUUUUUUGAAAAUCUUAUUGGUCGCAUUUGGAAUGGCUUUUGAGCUUCCUUUAACGCUUUUCGCUGUAAAUGCGCGGAAGUAGUUUUAGGUCGGGCGCAAAUGGAAACGGCGAUUUGAGCCAUUUCAAAUGCGACCAAGGGCUUUUGAGUCCGAAAAAAUGCUUUAUAUGAAGCUUUAACAGAAAAAAAGCCCAAAAAAUGAAGAUUUGCUAAAAAAUUUUGGUAUUUUCAAGCCUUAUUUUUUCGUAAAAUAUCCGAUUCCCAUGUCCUUUCGUCCAUUCUAAACAGAAAAAAAUACGUUCAAAGAAACCAAAAUACUAUUUUAAGAGAGAAAGUCUGUCCUUGCAGAACUUUUCUUGGGAAAAAUGUUAUUACGACGAUGAAAUUUGUAGUUUUUGAGAAAAAAAUUCCAAGUCCAAAGUUUUUUUGGCCUCACGUACUGAUUAAACUUCUCACGGGGGAAAACACGCCUUUUGAAAAUUUUGAUUUGAAGAAAUCUUGACAAAAAACUUUGAUAAAAGCUUCUGAUCUCUGAAAAAAAUUAAUGGCUCAAAUUUUUAAAAAUUUUUUUGAAAUUCUGACCUGAUUUUUUUCACGUUUUUUUGUCACUUUUUCUCAUGAAGAAAGACAAUUUUUGCAUUAUUUCAAGCCAAAAAUUAGGAUCCAAAGUCCAAAGGAUCACAGAGAGCACCUUAUAAGGGCGUCAGAGAAUAAGCUGAUCCCAGAAUCAUUUUUUCUUUUUUUUUUCUGCCCUCAUUUGGGAAAAUCUCACUGAUAACAUCAAACAUCCAGCACUACAAAAGCUUGGAAAAAUCAGAGGGAACAAAAAUUAAAAGAAAAAAAAACCAUAAGAACGAGAAAAAUCUUCUGAAAGAUCUAAAAUAUGUUUCAGGGUGAAUUUUCAUCGUUAUUUGAAGAUUUUUUGCAUUUUAAAGAUUUUUUUAUUUUUCUAACAAUGCUUUCGGUUCUGCCUAUGUGAUGAAAAAUCAAACUCCCGAACAAAAAAAUAAUACUUCUCAUAAAAAAAUUCGAUGGCUCAGAGGCUUUUUAUAACGAUAAUUCUUCAACUUUUCAAUAUUGGAAAUAUUUUUUUAAUAAAAAAACGUUUUCAAAACUUCUGAAAAAAAUAUGAUCUAGCCGAUAUACUUUGAUUGAGGUUCAAAAAAAAGGUUCUGACCCGAAAUUAAGCCAAAAAAACAAAACAAAAAAAAAUUUUUUUUCAAUUUUCAGAGCAUGAAAAAUUUUAAAUUUGCUUCAAAAAAAGGGCAGAAAUUUCAAAAUUCAAGAUAAAAACAUAAAGCUUGAUUUUUGCCUAUAAAAUCGAUCUAGAAGAUAAAAGGCCCCUUAAGUGGUCACUCAGGCUCGAAUUUGAUCUCCAGCCCUCUAGGGACUACUUCAACUCCCUCUCAAAAUUAAUAUUUCACCCCACAGUAGAUGAAACGUCCCUUAAGUGGUCACUCCAGCUCAAAUUUGAUAUCUAAUCCUUUAAGGAUCCCUUCAACUUUAUCAUUCUCCCAUUUUCUCUCACUAUAGAAGAUAAAACGUCCCUCAAGUGGUCACUCUGGCUCAAAUUUGAUCAACAACCCUUUAGAGCCCACUUCAACUUUAUCAUUCUCCCAUUUUCUCUCACUAUAGAAGAUGAAACUUCCCUCAAGUGGUCCCUCUAGCGAAAAUGUUGUCUCCAACCCUAUAGGGACCACUUCAGCUCCAUUUUACUCGUUUCAGACCUCAAAAUGGUAUCGACAACGCCGGAAAACGUGCCAAUCUACCUGUUUGACGACAUUUUGUACAUGCCUCUCUUGGUUGGAGGCUUCCUACGGUUUCGUUAUUUCGUUCUGACUUCCUGGGUCAUGCCGGCAAUGGUUGUCGAACGUGGCAUCGCGACUUAUUUUGUUAGGUAGGUCAUUCACCUUCAAGUUAUCAGUCUUUAAACCGGAUCAAAAUCAACUUGAACCGAAAAAAAAAAUCAAAAAAUCAAAAAAACUCUCUCGACUUGACAUCGCGGUUUCAAGAUUUGCACAUUAUUGAAAGUCAGCUCUUUUCUGUUAUUGUUUCCCAAAUGGCAGGAUCUCUAUACUAUAUGAAUGAUGAAAUGUUAAAAUUCGACAAUGUGGUCGCAUCGGGAAUGGCUCAGACUACGAAGCGGUCACUUCAAGUUGCACCCGACCGAAACCGACUUUCGCUCUGAAAAUUUUGCAUUUCUAACUCAAUCUGCAUAUUGAGCCAUUCCACAUGCGACCAGGAGAUUUUAGCUCGAGGAAAAGUAUCGCUUUAUAAAACAAGUUUAGCUUGAAAUACAGCUUAUAAAACGGAAAACUAACGAAGUUCGUUCAUUAUUCGAGCUUCUGAAGCUGAAAAAAAAUCCUGGAUCAUCCAUUUUUGAUGCAUUUUCAAGUGAUCUCAAGUCUUUCAUAGCGAAUUUCGACAUCAAUAAAUUUAAAAUAAAUGGACUAUGAAAGAAAAAAUCUUCCUUUUUCAGUUAUUACGACAAAAAUCAAUAAUUUUCAAGACUUUUUGGGCAAGUUUUGGAAUGGAUAAGUUCAAAAUUAAUCGACUAUGAAGGAUAAAAACUUCAUUUUUCAGUGACUAGGAGAGAAAUCAAGCUAUCCCAAAAAUUAUGUAACAAUUUUUAAAAUCGAUAGGCUCAAAAUAAUUAGAAGAUUUGGGAAAAUUUUCAGUGGCCCCUAUAGAGGCUCGACAAGGACUAUUUGAAGAGGACACUAAAGUGGUCGCUAAACCAACCUCUAUAGUGGCCGCUUUUUUCCGUUUUAGUGGCCACUUGAGUAUUUUUUCAUCCAGUAUUCCUUCCAGGAACUCUGAUAAUUAAAAAAAAACAGAUUGGACCAGUUAUGUCGAUCCAUUGACCCCUAAAGUGGCCACUUAGUGGUCUAGUAGAAGCACUCAGACCUCUAUAGUGGCCAAAAUUUGACUACUAUAGUGACCACUAAAACGUCAAAACCCUAUAGUGUCCACUAAAUCGUCAAAACCCUAUAGUGGCCACUAAUUUUACCCCUUGAGGGGAAACUAAUUUGACUACUAUAGUGGCCACUAAAACGUCAAAACCCUUUAGUGGCCACUGAAAAGUUUCCCAGAACCUGGAAUGGCAGAUAUUUCUCUGCGCUCUCUUACUCUCUCACGUUCACGUGCUAUUUUCACGUUUCUCUGACCUCGCCGGCGAGAGAACAGAGGGCGCAGACAGACCAGAAGCCUCGAAUAACUAUACAAACGAAAUAAAUAUGAUUUUUCAGUGACUACGAGAGAAACACCCGGCCGUACAUAUCCAUAAUCGCCGUGAUUAUCAGUCAAAUCGUUUCUACGGUUCUCGUGAUACUCAUGGCCAAUACUGUGAUCACCUACACCGUCGCUGUUUCUAUAUACUUUGGUUUCGGUCUUUUUGGUCUUACGGUGGGUUUUGAGUUUUAAAAAAAGCUAGCCUUUCCUGAAAAAAAUUCUUUCUGGAAAAAAUAAGCGUUUAUUUCGAACUUACUCUUCAAAACUUCAGUACUUAAAAAAAUUCUGAAAAAAUUUUAUUUCUUUUUUGAGUCUACUGUAUCCUACUAACUUGUAGGAUUCACCGAAAAAUAAUUAUCGGUACUCAGGAAAAAAAAAUCCGCAAAAAAUGAAGUAAAUCGAGAAAAAGGUUGGCACACCUCUAAAAAAAAAGCUGAAAAAAAUCGAAAAAAAAUUCCCGUCCUGCAAAAUUUAACGUAUAAGCUGACAUUUGAGCUUCAUUUUUAAAAAAUAUAGUUCUCAAAAAAAAAUCGUAAAAAAUGGAAAAGUUUAUAGGAUCUCUUGUAGACCUUUUCAAUUUUCAUUGGAUCCUAAUAAUCCUUUCGAACUGAGAAAAUUUUUAGUGGCCACUAUAGUAGUCAAAUUGAUGGCCACUUAAGGGGUAAAAAAUUAAUGGCCGCUAUAGAGGUCUAAAUGCUACUACUAGACCACUAAACAUUUUAGCGGCCACUUAAGGGGUCAAUGGAUCAACAUAACUGGUCCAAUCUGUUUUUUUUUAAAAUUAUCAGAGUUACUGGAAGGAUUACUGGAUGGAAAACUACUAAAGUGGCCACUAAUUCAGGAAAUAGUGGCCACUAUAGAGGUGUGUUUAGUGGCCACUUUAGUGUCCUCUCCACGUAUUCCUUGGCGAGCCUCUAUAGUGGCCACUAAACAUCCUCGGCUUUUCAUUUCUUCAAUAAAAAAAGAAAAAUAAUUUUUCCAGCUGUUCGUCUACCUCGUUUUCCGAAAUCAUCACCUUCUGAAUCGCUUGAACAACAGCAAAAGUUACAUGUCGCUCUAUACGCUUUCUUUGAAGUAUCAAAUCGUCGAGAAUAUUCGUGUUUUAAUUGUGAGUUUUUUUCUUGAGUUUGAAAAAUUUUUUUUUGAAAUUGGGUGCAAAAAUCCUUCAACAUUCCUCGAAAAAGGGAAAUUUUUUUCAAUCCGAGAAAUUUUUUUGAAAAAUCGGCCAGUAUGCUUCUUGAUAUAUCAAAUGGAGAUUCUGAAAGUUUCAGCUUGCUAAAAAUUCCCAUUUUUCGGAAAAAUAAAGGGUCAAAUUUUUGAAAAAAAUGGCUGAUUUUUUUGCGAUUUUUUUAAGGAUUUUUUUAAUAAAUUUUGAAAAAUUUCUACAGGGAAUGACUUUUUUUGUAACCUCUUUCUGUUUGAUUUUUCUUCAUUACUACUCAAAAAAACAGAUUUCGAAUGAAAUCACCUUCCCAGAGGGUCAAACUUUCAUGUGAAAAACUUUCAAGUUCUUGUUUUUUUGAAAAAAUUCCAUUUCUCGACUUUUUUUCCACAGAACUUCCAAUUUUCACAGCGAAAAAUACUUCUUUGAAGAAAAAAACUAUAAAGAAAGACAGAAAAAAAUUAAUUUUUUUCAGGCCAUAAAAGUGAUCAUAUUCGCUGUUGGAUUCGCCAUGUUCGGACUGUCCGGCGCGUUUUUUUCCUCGCCGGACUCGGCUGUUUGUCGAGUUCAGCUACACUUUUCGUUCAUUUGGCCGUCGAUUUCUAUCUUCAUUGGUUUGUUUUUCGACUUUUUCUUUUUUGAUGACUUGAAAAAAAAAAAAAAGCUCAGAACAUGAAAAACUUCCAAAGUCUGAAAAAUUCCAACUUUCUUGGUAGGUUAUUAAAACCUCCUUUCUUUUAUCAUUUAUAAAAAAAGAAGAUCUCAAAAAAAUGGGAAAAAAAUUAAUAUAUUGAGUUUUAAUUUCUUUCAAUUUGAAGACAACCUCAAAAUUGGAUAAAACAAACCUUUCAAAUCCAAAAAUUUUCCGGUUAGCUUUAAAAAAAUAAUAUUUCUUUUUAAUCUCAAAUAAAUUGAAAGAGAGAUCUCAAAAAUCAAAAACAAUCUUUCCAAUGAUCACUCUUACUGGGAAAUUUUGAAAAUAAAUGCAUGUAUUUUAAAAAUCCGCUAGUGCUUCAAUUUUUCGAUUUGUGAUUUCUAAAAAUGAACAAUUUGUCAAUCUUUAAGCUCCUUUUCAGUUAAAGAUGUUUUUUGAAAUCAUUUAUUUCUUCAAAAUCCAUUAUUAAAACCCUAUUAAAAUACCCCCAAAAAAAACUCUCAAACUUCUGUUUCUCAUGAAUAUCUCACGAAAAAAGUCACAAUGUAAAUAAAAUAUAUAUUUCCAACCUCUAAUUUGAGAUCAAAAAAUAGAAAAAAAACUCGGGAGAAACUUUAAUCUUCAAUCUCCUAAUACAUACUUGUUUCAAACUCAAAAAGAGCUAAAAUUAAAAUUUUCUUUCUUCUUAAAAAUGUAAUUGUUAGUUAUCUUGUUUCGACUUAUGAUCCUCAUCGAAAAAAAAAAAAUCGAAAAAUGCCUUUUCUUCAUUUUGGAAAAAAAAAAGUUUCACCUUAAAACGAGUCAAAUGGUAAAAAAAGAAAAAUCGAAAUCGGAAAAAAAAAAUGAUUCGCACGAUUGAAUCUUGAUAAUAAAUGACUGAAAUCCUAUUUUCAAUCCCAAAAUUUUGACAACCUCAUUUUAAUGUUUCAUCAAAUUUUUGAAUUUUCCUCUACUUUUCAAAAUAAUUCCAAACGCUCCAACUGGCCGUUACGAGGGAGGUCAUUUAACUUUGCGGUUGGGAAUUUCCUGAAAAUUGGCCAGAACAUUUUUUGAUGUACCAGAAGAAGAUUCUGAAAGUUUCAACCUGCACAACUUCCUCGUUAUUGAGAAAUGAGGGCUCAAAGCCUUAAAACAGCCCAUUUUAGUGGGUUUUGAGGGUUUUCUUUGACUUAGAGACUUCUUUUCUCAAUAACGAGGAAGUUGUGCAGGUCGAGAUUUUCAGAAUCGUCUUCUGGUACAUCAAAAAAUGUUCUGGCCAAUUUUCAGGAAAUUCCCAACCGUAAAGUUAAAUGACCUUCCAUGAAACGGUCAGUUCGAGCGUUAGGAAUUAUUUUUGAAAAAGUAGAGGAAAAAUUUAAAAAAACUUGAUGAAACAUUAAAAAUCAGAUUGUCUAAAUUUUUUUGGAUUGAUAAUAGGAUUUAGUCAUUUAUUAUCAAGAUUCAUUCGUGCGAAUCAUUUUAUUUUGAAAAAUCCGAUUUUGAUUUUUUACCAUUUUUUCAAUCCAUUUCUCUUGAAAAAUCUACCGAUUCUAGGUAUAGAAAAAUCAGCUAGAAAAAAAGCUCGAUUUUCGCAAUAAUUUUUAAGGAAAUUCUGAACCUCUUUGUAAACUUUUUGAUCAUCAAAACGAUUUUUUUGACGCUGAGCUCAAAAAAAUUAGCAAUAAAAGCUCGAGUUUUGAACCAUUUCUUUGAAAAAAAUCUAAAAAAAUUUAAAAAAAUUCUUUUUGAGAACCGUUCUGUAUAAAAAUUUUUUUCAAUGAGCACAAAAAAAUUUGCGUUAAUCCUAAAUGUAAAUUCCUAUAAAUAUCUUAGGGACCUACAAAAAAAGAGUGUAAAAAAAUCGCUCAAUCAUGAAGAAAAAAAUGACAGAAUUUUUGAAAAAGCCCUUUUUUUAAAACCAGAAAUCCAGGUUUUUUUGUAAGUUUCAAAUUAAUUCAAACUCAAGUUUCAAACAGCUUUUUUUCUAUUAAGUAAUGGCAAAAAAAUUUACUGAUCCUAGAUUGAAAAAAACUCAGAAAAAAAGCUCAAUUUUCGCAAUAUUUCUUGAAAAAAAUAUAAACUAGCGACUGUAAGGUCCACUUCCCCCUAUGCUUGAGAAAAAAAGAUCCCUCUGAACAUUUUUUUCCACGGUUCUUGCCACCCCCUGCUCGAAGAAAAAAAGAUCCCCUGAACAUUUUUCACAGUUUUUUUGUCAACCCCCUCUGCUCGGAGAAAAAAAGAUCCCCCUGAACAUUUUUUUCACAGUUUUUUUGUCAACCCCCUGCUGGAAGAAAAAAAGAUCCCUCUGAACAUUUUUUUCCACAGUUCUUGUCCACCCCCCCUGCUCGAAGAAAAAAAGAUCCCCCUGAACAUUUUUUCACGGUUUUUUUGCCAAUCCCCCCUCCCUACAUUUCCCAUUUUUUGCCAACCUCCCUUUCCAGGUCCCACCGAGACUAUCCCAUCUAUGUCCAAAACUUAGAAAAAAAAGAAUAAUUUCCAGAAUAAAAAAUGAAAAUCACCAUUUUGUAGUCAUCCGGUGGUGAUGCUGACGAUCUGCAUCUGGCUGACGCCGAAAUGGCGUCGGAUCUUCUCGAAAGUGCUUCCGAAGCCCGUGCAACGAUGUCUUUGCCAUAAUCGGCUUGACGUGACGACGCCGCCGCGGCUCACGAAUCUCCAAACGACGGACAUGUACUUUAAGAAUCUCGAGAAGAUGUGGUGA